GUUUCCCGUUACCACUAGAGGGCGGUACGAAAGUUUAGUGUGAUAAAUAAAAGACAUCUGCUGGUGUGCUGACUAUCGUGUUAGAGAAAAUCAACAACGUGUUACGAAAGUACCAAUUCUUUGUUACUUCUGAUUCUACAUUCUAAAGGAGCCAUGGCACACAGUAUUCAGAGACUUGGGAUUUCCAUGUCUGGGUUAAGUAAAAUGAUCAACAGAGGAUACCAAAGACCACUGACUCUUGUACGAACAACGACAUCAGCGUCUAAAGCAGAAACUCCAGUAUCUAGUGAGCACGAACUUACCUACCAUCGCCCUAAUUCAUUCGAAAAACGUCUGUUAGUUUGGUUCCGGAAAUACCCAUCCUACGUUGAAGUGCCCGACUUCAUUCCACAAAACGUGAUGGAACGCGUCCGUAACAAGGCUCGUAUAAGGCUGAACAUCUAUUUCUGUAUCUUGGCUGCCAUUGGCUGUUUCGCUAUGGUUGUUAGUGGCAAAAAGGCGCACAAUAGAGGAGAGUCCAUGAGGAAGAUCAACGAAGAGUUUCACGAGAAGCACGCGCAUAAGAACUAAGUCUCACUCGCUAUGUACGUUUAUGAUAUAAUAAUCAUAUUCUGUUUCUUCUGGCAGAUACGCUCUCUUGAAGAUGGCUGUUAUUAGUUUUUAGAAUUACUCUAUAAGUAAUUAUCAUUUAACUAUAAACCUGAAACCUUUAACUUGGUGAUUUUUAGCACAUUUGAUUACCAGUAGUUAAUGUUAGUUAUAUCUGGAUGUGAUUGAUAGAAACGUUAAUGUAAAAACUGAAUACCGUAAGUCGUAGAACACGUACGUAAUGUUUAGUUUUUAAGGCAAGCCUUCUUUCUUCUAAUAACAUAUCAAAAUUUUAACAAAGUAUAAUCGUAAACUAGAUUCUUUUUUUAACACUUAACCAACUUUAACAAUAUAAGAGAAUAUUUGAAUACAUCUAGAAUAAAUCUGUAAUCUCAUUGAACUUUAAAUGAUGGUGUUUUCUUUUAAUAAAAAAAAAUAAAGAAAUUCUCCCAAAAUAAAGAACUGGUUAGGACUAAAAUAUAUUGUGAAUACUUGCAAUCUACAGUCACUUUAAAUUUUUCUAUACGUAAAACUAUAUAAUGUUCCAAAUUUUUGCUACUACAGUUUAGGUUUGGGGAAACUUGAUUUUUAUAUGGGAAAUGAACUUUUGUAUAUUUUAUAGUAUAUUUCAGGUACGUUGGAGAAUGUAUAAUUGUAUGUUAACUGUAACAGACGAAAUUUAUGUGCUUAAUUUUAUAGGUAAGUCCAUGUAUUUUUUAAUAUUUUUUUUUAAUUAAAGUUUUGCUAACCCUUCUCACUGUUACUUACAGAAGAGUUUGUUUACUGUAAUUGUUAAGUAAUAAUAUAAUAUACUGUGUAUUACAUAAUAGAUCUGAAGAUGUUUGUGUUUGCAAAUAAAUAUUUAGUGUCUGA